AGCUGACAGCUUGGGAGGGAGGAGGGCAGUCCCCAGAGCAGGCCCUGGAGAGCUCACUGUAGCGCCCGCACAGUAACAGUCCAGGUCACAGCUGGUCCCCCAACAGGCCACGCCCCCCCACCCCCGCUCUCCCUCUUCCCCGCUGUUCUCUCCUGAGCAUUGUUCUUUUCCACCCGGCAGGGUGGGCACUGAUGACCAGGUGAUGCGGGCAGUUCUGGGGACAGAGGGGCUGUGGUUUCAGCAGCCCUGGUCCUGAGGAGCCCCGCCUAGCCCUGCCCUCAAGCCGAGGCAGCGGCCCACCCACCAUGGCCCUGAGCUGGUGCGUCCGCCUCCUUUCGUCGGCGGGGGCGGGGGCUCUGAGGGGCAGACCGCAGCCACCGCAUGGCCCCACCAGCAGCCUUGCAGGGGGCUCCCUCGGCUGGACUACCCGGACAGGAGGGGCUCUGGUGGCCCCGCACCGGCCCCCAGCCUCUACGGGCGUAGGGCCGGUCAGCCGGGCGGCGGCGGGGACUAUAAGCGGCCGGGGCGCCCACCCUCGAAGCAGGAGUCCGAGCGAGGAGACGGCGCUGGAACCCAUGGACACCUCGUACCCCCGCGAGGACCCCCGGGCCCCGACGCCCAACAAGGCCGACGGCACCGCCCACACGGCCCUCACGCUGGGGGCGCCGCUACCCCCACCUCGAGACCACUUGAUCUGGUCGGUGUUCAGCACCCUCUACCUGAACCUGUGCUGCCUCGGCUUCCUGGCGCUGGCCUACUCCAUCAAGGCCCGAGACCAGAAGGUGACUGGAGAUCUGGAAGCAGCCCGGCGGCUCGGCUCCAAAGCCAAGUGCUACAACAUCCUGGCCACGGUGUGGGCUCUGGUGCCGCCUCUACUGCUGCUGGUGCUGGUGGUGACCGGCGCCCUGCACCUGUCCCGGCUGGCCCAGGGCUCCGCCGCCUUCUUCAGCACCAAGUUCGACGACUCAGACUAUGACUGACAGGCUGGGCCCUGUCACCGCCCUGAUCCAGGGACCCCAACCCCAGGGGCUCCAUCCUAAUCGCCUGGAACCCUGACUUGCCUGCGGGCCUGAGGCCCACCCUCCAGCCCCAGCCUGGGCACCUAACACUGACCCUGAAGAUCCUCCACAGGGACCCCAGGGCCUUACCCUCACCUCGAUCGAUGCCCCCAGUCCCCUAACCCCACCCCCCACCCCUGCCCCCAGGCCAGCUCCUCCCUCCCCAGCCGCCAGGCUCAGCCUCAGUUUCACAAUUAAAAGCGCCUGGCUCCAGAAAGUGCUUUCCAGGACUGUUCCUGGCUGGGGUGGGGGAGGGUAUCUUCCUGAGGGGAGCUACCCUAGGGACCACUGCAGCCAAAUCCCCCUGGACUGCCCCCAGCGUCCAUGGUGGACGCCCUGCCCUGUCGGCUUGGUGCCCCGACUGUCCCCUUUGCUCAGGCACUGGGCGGCCUGCGGCUUCUGGGUGGAGGUGCCUGAGUAUUUUAGAA